AUGCUGGCAUCGGCCAUCCUCGUCAGUGCUAUAAAAAGGAUAAAGCGCCGCAGGCAAAAAGCGCCGCAGGCAAGCCCCCGGCAGGGACCCCCAGUAGGGCCCCCGGAGGGCCCCCAGAGGCAGCAGCAGAAGCCAGCAGCAGAAGCCAGCAGCAGAAGCCAAGCAGCAGCAGUAGCAGCAGCAGAAGGCAGCAGCAGCAGUAGCAGCAGCAGAAGCCUAGCAGCAGCAGUAGCAGCAGCAGAAGCCAAGCAGCAGACGCCAGCAGCAGAAGCCCAGCAGCAGCAGCAGAAGCCAAGCAGCAGCAGUAGCAGCAGCAGAAGCCAAGCAGCAGACGCCGGCAGCAGAAGCCGGCAGCAGCAAGCAUCUUUGCUCACCGUAUAAACGCCUUUAGCGGGCAUCAAGCUUGUAC